GGCGGAGCCAGUGAGAGAGGGCGGGUCGGGGUCAGCUGCUGUAGGCGGGCGGGUGCGGGGAGCUGUGGGCGGCCGCCGCGUCUCUGGCCGCCGCCCUCCCUCCGCCACGAUGCCGGGGAUCGACAAACUGCCCAUCGAGGAGACGCUGGAGGACAGCCCGCAGACAAGGUCUUUACUGGGUGUAUUUGAAGAAGAUGCCACAGCUAUUUCCAAUUAUAUGAACCAGUUGUAUCAAGCCAUGCAUCGGAUUUAUGAUGCACAGAAUGAAUUAAGUGCAGCAACACACCUGACUUCAAAACUUUUAAAAGAAUAUGAAAAACAGCGUUUUCCACUGGGGGGCGAUGAUGAAGUUAUGAGUUCUACUUUGCAACAGUUUUCAAAAGUCAUAGAUGAGCUUAGCUCUUGUCAUGCGGUACUUUCAACACAGCUUGCUGAUGCCAUGAUGUUCCCCAUUACCCAGUUUAAAGAAAGAGAUCUGAAAGAAAUAUUGACAUUAAAGGAAGUGUUUCAGAUUGCUAGUAAUGAUCAUGAUGCUGCAAUUAACAGAUACAGCAGAUUGUCAAAAAAAAGGGAAAAUGACAAGGUGAAGUAUGAAGUAACAGAAGAUGUCUACACAUCCAGGAAAAAACAACACCAGACCAUGAUGCAUUAUUUUUGUGCAUUAAAUACUCUUCAGUACAAAAAGAAAAUAGCAUUGUUAGAACCUCUACUUGGGUACAUGCAAGCUCAGAUAAGUUUCUUUAAGAUGGGUUCUGAAAAUCUCAAUAACCAACUGGAAGAAUUCUUAACUAAUAUUGGAACAAGUGUUCAGAAUGUUCGCAGGGAAAUGGACAAUGAUGUAGAGACCAUGCAGCAGACAAUAGAGGAUUUGGAAGUAGCAAGUGACCCCCUAUAUGUGCCUGACCCAGAUCCCACAAAAUUUCCUGUUAGUCGAAACUUAACCCGAAAGGCUGGAUACCUUAAUGCUAGGAAUAAAACAGGCUUGGUGUCAUCGACCUGGGACAGACAGUUUUACUUCACACAGGGUGGAAACCUAAUGAGUCAGGCCCGUGGGGACGUAGCAGGAGGCCUGGCCAUGGACAUAGACAACUGUUCAGUAAUGGCUGUGGACUGUGAAGACAGGCGAUACUGUUUUCAGAUCACUUCUUUUGAUGGCAAAAAGUCUUCAAUUUUGCAAGCAGAGAGUAAAAAAGACCAUGAAGAGUGGAUCUGUACAAUAAAUAACAUAUCUAAACAAAUAUAUUUAAGUGAAAACCCAGAGGAAAUUGCUGCACGAGUAAAUCAGUCAGCUUUGGAAGCUGUCACUCCUUCCCCAUCUUUUCAGCAGAGGCAUGAGAGCCUGCGGCCAGCAGGACAGUCUCGGCCUCCGACAGCGCGAACCAGCAGUUCAGGAUCCUUAGGAUCUGAGUCCACAAAUUUGGCUGCCCUCUCUCUAGAUUCUCUCGUUGCCCCAGACACCCCAAUACAGUUUGACAUCAUUUCUCCUGUGUGUGAAGAUCAGUCUGGCCAGGCAAAAACCUCUGGCCAGGGAGGCAGACGUACAAAUCCAUUUGGAGAAUCUGGAGGAGGUACAAAAUCUGAAACUGAAGAUUCGAUUCUUCAUCAGUUGUUUAUUGUCCGAUUCCUUGGUUCUAUGGAGGUGAAAUCAGAUGACAAUCCAGAUGUUGUUUAUGAAACAAUGCGCCAAAUCUUAGCUGCCCGGGCCAUCCAUAACAUCUUUCGUAUGACAGAAUCACAUUUAUUAGUCACUUGUGAUUGCUUAAAGUUAAUUGAUCCACAGACACAGGUUACAAGGCUCACGUUUCCAUUACCCAGUGUAGUUUUGUAUGCUACACACCAGGAAAAUAGGAGGCUUUUUGGAUUUGUUCUUCGCACCUCAGGAGGGAGAAGUGAAAGUAAUCUGUCAUCAGUCUGCUAUAUAUUUGAAUCAAACAACGAGGGUGAAAAGAUUUGUGAUUCUGUUGGACUGGCAAAACAGAUAGCUUUGCAUGCAGAACUGGAUCGCAGGGCAUCAGAAAAACAAAAAGAAAUAGAGAGAGUAAAAGAGAAGCAACAGAAAGAACUCAGUAAACAAAAACAAAUUGAAAAGGACUUAGAAGAACAAAGUCGGUUGAUAGCUGCUUCCAGUAGACCAAACCAAGCCAGUAAUGAGGGGCAGUUUGUUGUCCUUAGCAGUAGCCAGUCAGAAGAGAGUGAUUUGGGAGAAGAAGGAAAGAAGAGAGAAUCAGAAGCAUAAACUAAUCCUUACUUUUUGGUUGAUGUUCCCCUCCCCCCCCACCCAGAAUUUGUUGACAGUUUCUAUGGUGAAAUGGCACAAGGUUACAACAAUGUUGAACUGUCAAGGAGGAGACUAAAAUUUAUAUUUGCUUGUUUAUUUUAACUUCAUUUUUUAAACUAAGAUUGACCUUGAUAACUUAGGUUUGCAUUGAUUUUUUUUUCUCCUUAGAAGUAAUACACUAUGCAGUAACUUCCGAUUCCACAUGUCUAAAAGAAACCUGUUCAUAUCCCUGAAGUAGAUUGCUGAGGAAUUACAGUUGCUCAAGCCUUUUCUUCCUUCAGAUUGUGAACUUACCACCUUGCAUUGUAAUUGGCUGUGACCACGAGAAGUCAUUUAUUCUACAGCUUCAGAUACAGAUAUGCUCCCUCUCUCUCAUUAGCAACAUUUUGCUGGCAGUGAGGAAGCUUUUGACUGAAUAGGUUUAAAAUCCUUAUACAGAGAAUUUUACAAGUUUGCAAAUAUUUUAACAAUGUUAAAUGUGCAAUAGAACUUUUACAAAAUAAUUAGAAUAGAGAUUUUAGAUUUAAGGUUUCAAAUUGUGGCAGGUGGUACUGUUGAUUUCAGGGCAUUUUCUUGGAUUGUCCGAAUUUCCCUGAUGUACUACACCUGAUGCCAAUGGGAAAGAAGCUUAAGUGUCUUUAGUUCAAGAUUGCUACAGCCCUUGGCAUUUUAUUAUCACAUUCUUAGUUCUCAGGUUGGGACUUGAAUUAUUGCUGCAGAGCAGUAAUGGUUAAAAUAAGAUUUUGGAAUUUAUUAAAAGGGAUUUUUUGUUGUUCAGAUAUAUAGAUUAGGAUUUACAUGUAAAGAUGUUACAGGAUAAAUUGUAUUUUCUGCAUUAUAUGAAAUAAUUUUUAUUGAAAAUCAAGCGACAUUUAGAAAGAAGUUCUAUAGCAAUUAUGUUUCCUGCUUAAAGUAAAAAUUCCCAGAAUUUAGUUUAAAAAUGUAAUCUUUUAAAUUUCAGACUGAAACCCACAGUAUUUUCAUAAUUCCAUGUUUUUAUAAAAUUCUGAUCACCACUUUAUAUCCAUGAAGGCAAAUAAUAUAUGAGAAUAGAAUAAUUUGCACUAAUUAUUGUAAAUACUUGUCCUCUUUAAAUGAGUAGAGUAAAAGGUCUAACUCCAUGAAAGGUUGAAAAGCAGUUGAGUGCUUGGUAUAGGAGAGUCAACCCAGGUAGUAUUUUAACCUGGUGCCAGGGUUAAAAUGACAUUUCUCUACUGCCUAAUUCUGUCACGACUUGAUUUUUUUUUUAACUUGGAUUUUUAACAUUGCUGAUAGAAAUUAUGUUCCUGUGUUUCACAUGUAAAAGUAUAUAUGGCCAAGUUAAAUAUAUUGAAUAAAAUAUUUUACAUAGUCAUGCAUUUAAAAUAUUCAAGAGAUUAGCCACUAAGACUGAUUUUACAUGGGAAAAGCCUUUUGUUAUUUGACAUAUAGUUUUUUUCUUCUUAGUUCUUAUUUAGAAAUGGCAUCUAGUUCUCACAAUAUAGUGUGGCGGUUUCACACUGUAUAUACAUUAUUUUCUGUAGGAAUGGGAUAGAUAAUUACACAUAGGAUCAUGAUUUUUUUAAAUCAUGUGCCAAAUGGGAAUAAUAAUUAAUAAUCAUUAUUUUGAAGCCUUAUGUUACCAAAACAUAUAGUAAAAAAGUAAAACUUUAUGGAAUACUUUUUAAAAAAAGUUUAUUUUGUCCUUGCUAAAGGGAAUGCUUUCACAAGUAGUUUGUGUAUAUCAUUCCUUUUGUAGAAAUUGAAAUUUCUUCUGUGAUCAGCAUUUGCUUAGUCAUGGCAGGUCCUGCUUUUAAGACCUUUUUGAGAAUUAGUAAGCUUUUUGUUUCAGUAAGUCGUUUGCUUAUUCUAUAAAGUUGUCACCUCACUUAGUUCAGGUGUAACUUGUCAGCCACCAUGCAAGGAAGGUGGUCAGCAUUAGGAGGUGGUUUUGCUAGGAUGGUGCUUUGCGUGGUAGCCUAGUGCUGCCCUUGGUGGGCACUCUGGGUCAAAGUGUAGGCUAAAGUUAAGGGUACCGGCAGACUUAGGGAUGCUGGACAGACUUGUGGCUCCUUUUCAGUCAUGUUUUGAUAGGAAUUUCCACAAUAACACACCCAUGUCCAUAGGUCAGACCAAAAUGCAUUCCAGUGCCAAAUAGAAGUCAUGUGUGGAUUUAACAAUUUUAGAUGAUUCAACUUCUGUUCACUUACUGUAGAACCAUUUGAACUAUUCCAUUACUGCAGAUAUUUAAGCAUCAACUUUAAUAAAUUCUGUUUUGUUUAAAUAAGGCUCCCUUGGGGCUUCCUAGGUGGUGCAGUGGUUAAGAAUCCGCCUGCCAAUGCAAGGGACACAGGUUCGAUCCCUGCUCCAGGAAGAUCCCACAUGCCAUGGAGCAACUAAGCCCGUGUGCCAAAAAAACAAAAAACAAAACAAACAAACAAACAUAAAUAAAUAAGGCUCCCCAUGGAUUUCUGCAUAAUGUUAAAGCUGCAUAAAGCUGAUCUUUGUUACCCUUUGAAAUCCCUUCAAGCUUUUGGAUGCUUUGGUGGUAAUUUAAUUAUAUUUGGGAAUAUCUCAGAUUCAAACUUGCACUUAAUGGUUUUUAGAAAUUAACAAAACUGAUUGUUUAAAAGAAAAGAAAUUAAGUCUCCCUAAUUCUGCUAGGCACUCUUACUACCUAUGUCAACAGUACUUUUGUAACUAUGGUAAUGAAGUCAAUAGAUAGGACACUAAUUAUUCCUUUUCCCUUGUAAAAUUGAGAAAAUUUGCUAACAAGGGGCUGAAACUAUUACCUUGAACACAGUUCCCAGUCUAGUUUUUGCCAUGUCUACAAUGAUUACUUUGUGUUUAAUUUCAAAAGACUUGUCAGAUUCCACAGUCUAGAGGUGGUAUAUUUAUGUUACCUUUAUGCUUCAGAAAAGGACAGUAGGGUGUGCAUGCCGUUCUGCGUAACAUGUAAUCAUGUGUGGUAAAGGCAUCUGAGUUGAUUUUGAGUUAUACAUAGGAACUGCAAGUAUUUAAGGUUUGAAUCUUCUUAUACAUGCUGACAGACCCUAAGAGCCUGUGUUUUGCAAAACCUCUGCCACCCAAAUUAAUAAAAUGAAAAUAUUAACAUUGGUUUUGAUAACAACCUAGCAUUCAAACUGUACUUUAAAUAUUCAAACACACUGAUUGUAGCAAGCAAGCUUUUGACUUUAUUUUUAUCAAGUUUGGCUUACUCUUCUUUCAUGAGAUUUUUUUCUUCUGUAUUAAUAAUACAUAAAAAUUGAAACUGGAAUUAGAUUAUACUUUUUAACAAAUCUCUUGUGGCUGUACUCAUAUGUAGUUUACUUAGGUUAAUAUGAGAACUGGGGAUUAAGUUAUAACUAAUGUGCAAAACCGCUUUGUAUAUUUGGUGAUUUUGUAAUGUAAGUGAAUUGGUUAAUUCUUAUUUCACUGAUAUUAUUAAUCAUGCAUAUACAAUGAAAAAUUAUGCUACAUUUCCCUUUAGAAUUAAAUUUGAAGAACUUGACUUUAUGUAAUGGUGGUAUACAUGUGGAGUGGAGAACUUAUUUUUUCAUUUUGUCAAAAUAAGUAUUCCUGACAAGGCUUCAGGAAAUAUGCUGUUAGGAGAUUUUUAAUGUAUAAUAAAGUCCAUGAUUUUUUUUUAUAGUC